AUGUCAUUACUAGAAAGACAUCUGGAGCAAAUUGCUCUCUCGGCGGAUUCAAUAGCUUCAUUACCUUUUCCCCCUCCUCAGAUCUUUACCAAUGCUCUCCUCUCCAAUCAAGACAUUACCGCCCUAAUUCGCGACACCGAACCUCAUGAACGCGCCCUCUUUUCUGUUCCUCCACCCCCACCACCUCCUACCCAAAUAGCUCCCGAGCCCAAACCAUCCAAGUCUCGCCGCCAAACAGUCUUCAAUGUAACAUCCGGCGAAGUAGCUCCUGCAUCUGGUCCUAACGGUCGAGCACCUCGGCGAAAUACUGCUGUUGCCGCUGUACUUGGCGCAGAAUUACAUUCUCAGGUUCGCAAAACUGAGACUGGGAAGGGGGAAAUUGAUAUCGAAGUUUUGUUGAAGGGGGCGGAGAAAUUGAAUGGGGUAUAUCCUGUACAAGGGGUUCCAGAGAGGAUAAGAGGAUUACGCAGUAGAUAUGCGCAAUUAAGGGAGAGCGUGAAGCGACACGAACAGAAGGUGCAGAAACAGACGAGAGAAUUGGAGAGGAUGAAUAGAGGGAAUGACACUGAGAGUGGUGAGGAGGACAAUCAGCAGGUGAACGAGGAACCGUCGGAGAUAGAGAUCACGGAUGAAGAUUUAAGGAGAGAGGAGAGGGAGAUCAGGGAGCUGGAAAUGAAGAAGAAGGCAUUAGAAGAGAGGGUAACUGGGAUGGAAAGAGAUCUAGGAGGAUUACUGAGAUGA